GUCAAGAAGAAUGUGACGCGCUCGCACAAGGAAGAAGGCACACGGGUGGGGUGGAGCGAGCGUUUACCCCUCGGCGCACACGCAGGUCAAGGCCGAGUGGUAGAGGUGCAGAAAGGUCAGAGCCGUCACCGCAGCCCUGGGCUCCGGGCCCAGUUUCUCCGAAAUGACCUUCUCCAUGCGGCGCAGGUCCGACUCUGUGAACUUGCUCUGGUUGAUGCGAAUGAGCUGGCGGCCAGGUGCCACAUUGCUGUCCUCCUCCGUCACGCCGGCCGCCAAGUGGAGGCAGCAGACGGCGAUGCACGGCACGUGUUUGGGCUGAGCCUGUCGGCGAGACACGUGAGGAGUCGUCUCGUGAUCGAAGGCUUAACCAGCGAGGAGCUCGAAAGGGGCAUUAAGGAAACCCAGAAGCUUCAGGAAGAAGUAGAAAAUGCCACAAAAUUGACCUUGGAGAAGUUUGGCUGCACAGAGGGACACAUUUAUGCUCCGUCGUGGGAUUCAUCCCAUCAGCAGGCAGCAGGGCAGGGAGAUGUCAUCCCCGCCUCUAGAAAGGAGGCCUCUGCUCCACAUGAACAAAGCAAGGAGAGCCUGCAGACCAGUUUGCAGCAAGGGAGGACUGAUUCAAGGAGGCAGGUUGAGCCGAUGGAAAAGAUGCUUAGCUUGCUGGAGGAGCUCCAAGCCAUCAAAAGGUCAGGUGACCAGAAUCUGCAGGAAGCCCAGAAUGAGACGUGGCAGCUGAACAAGAAAGUGGAGGCGCUGGAAGGAAACAUUAAGAAAUUGUGCCAGACUUUGCUAUCCCAUGAGAAAAGUGUCUCGAGCACCAUCGCCUCUGACAGACAGACAGAGUCAGAUUUGCAGCUGGGAGAACAUGUGAAGAGUGACGACCGCAGUGGAGGAGAGAUAGACAAAAAAACGGCGCCCUUAAUUGCAAGCCUUGGCCAGGAGGUGGCGAUGCUGCACCACAAACUGCGCUCAUCCAAGGAGAGCGGCGCUCGCAUCAGCACCAAACUGGACCUUCUGAUGAGAUCCCUACAUCAGGUCAGUGAAGAAGGGCCCCUGGAGGAGGUGCAGACCCCAGGAGGAGAGCCAGAUGCGACCGAGGAGGAGGAUUCCCAAGAAGCCAUGCAGACCCACCUGGCUGCGGACUCUCAGCGUGUUGAGGCGGAGGACCAGGAGAAGCAGCAACUCGCCGCCCAGCUGGAGGUGCAGCACAGGCGCCUGCUCGCCAUCACUAAGGCGCACAGAGAGCUGCAACAGCUCCACAGCUGCGCGAGUGAGGAGCACAAGGGCAUCGUGCUGAGGCUCCAGGGCCGGAUGGACAGAGUCCAGACUGAGCUGGACCGGGUCAAGAGCACCCUGAGGACGCUGGAAGAAGCUGACUGCCACGGCCUUCGAGCGGCCUUGGACAUGCAGAAGGAAAUCACAGCCAGGAGACGGCAGACGGACACUCUGCAGGCCAGAGUCCAACAUCUGGAGGAGACGCUAAAGAAACUGGACCAGGAGAGGUCCUACCAAGACGUGGAGAACCGGCGUCAGGUCCGCCAGCUGGCCUUUGUCAAGCAGGAGAAGAGGCAACUUGCUCACGAACUGGACGCCGUCUGCGCCAAAGACAAACAUUUAAGGGAGAGGAUCGGCGAGCUGGAGGCCAUCCUUCACAAGAUGGCCGAGAGCUUUGCCAACUGUCAAGAUUUUAUCCAGGUGAAGGAGCAGGAGUUCUUCCGCCUAAAACUCAAACACAUCCUGGACUUGAAGGAGUUCCAAGGUCCAAACGUAACUCCACCUGGACUGGACUCGCCGACCUUGACUGCACUCGGUGAUCUUCAUCCCUCCACCCAGGACGCCUGCAACGCCCAGAUCAAGGAGCGGCGGGAGAGCCUCGCCCUGGGCCGGCUAGGAGCGCUCUCACAGAACCUGGGAGGAGGACCACCCACAGACAACGGCGCCGCCCCCGGGAGGAGGUCCCCGCCGGCGAGAACGCACAGACCCGCAUUCAUCGAGGAGGUCAAGGCCUACAAAGCAGCUCACAGAGAAAAAACGUACCGCGGCGAGCCUCAUUUCCCUAAGAAGAUGGCCGAGCUUGACACAAUGAGAGACAGUCACAUGCGGUCAGCUCUGGCGAGCGCAACGAAGAACACGUUCUCCCCCCCGCGGCGGCUGUUAUCGGGCCGCAGGUCACCUGUGCACGCUCUUCUGACCUCUGACCCUGCGCACAGCUGACCGACACAACAACAGCAGUCCUGAAGAUGGCUCAGUAAGUGUUAAAUGUGUACAUAAUAAGUUAUGGACUUUGGCACUUUAAUGCAAGGAAUAUCAUAACAUAAACACUUUACUUCAGCAAGUGGCUAACAUGGUCAUGAAUGCAUGAAAUGUGAUAGUGGCGCUGUGCUAUUUUGAAAAAUAUAUACACUACCAUUCAAAAGUUUGGGGUCACAUUGACAUGUCCUUAUUUUUGAAGGAAAAGCACUGUACUUUUCAAUGAAGAUAACUUUCAACUAGUCUUAACUUUAAAGAAAUACACUCUAUACAUUGCUAAUGUGGUAAAUGACUAUUCUAGCUG